AUGAACUCGAUCCACCACAUCCCCGAUGCGUCUGCCUUUACCAGGACCCAGCAGCUGCACAUCAUCAGGCGCACGAUUGACGGCAACUCCUUCAAUUGGCUCGUGUGGGCCGUUGCCGCCUCGGGUUUCGUCACAGACUCCUACAAUCUGUUUACCUUCAAUGUCAUCAUCAACGCCCUGUACUUUGUCUACUGGCCUGGCGAAGAUGACACGCAGAAGGAGUUCCUGAUCAACAUGACCACUCUCGUCGGCUCCAUUGUUGGCCAGAUUGUCUUCGGCGUCUUUGCCGACAAGUUCGGGCGGACCCGGCUGUACGGCGUCGAGCUGGUUAUUGUCAUCUUCUCCACUUUAGGCGUCGCCUCCUCCUCCAGGGGCGAGGGCUCCAUGGACAUCCUUGCCUGGCUCCUCGCCUGGCGCUUCAUGAUGGGGAUAGGCAUUGGAGCCGAAUACCCUCUUAGUGCUGUCAUCACUGCCGAAUGGUCUCCCACCCAUGCGCGCGCGCGUAUGAUGGGCGCCGUGUUCCUGAUGCAGCCCCUGGGUCAGCUCCUUGCAAACCUUGUCGGCAUUGGUGUCGUCAUGGGCUACAAUCGCAACCAUCAGCUCGACAAGUGCUCGGACCCAAGCAUUGCCGAUUGCGCCCAGCAGGCUGACAGAAUAUGGCGAUGGGUCACGGGCGUCGGCGCCAUCCCAGCCCUUCUCGCCAUUGUCUUCCGCUUCUUGAUCAAGGACCCCGGCCUCUACGAACUGGAAGUUCGCAAUGACGGUGACAGCGCAUUCAAGAAUACCGACCAGGUGUACGGCGGCGGCAUCCCAGAACCCGACUCUCACGCUCCGCUCAGGCACACGAGGGGCAGCAAUUACAUGAUGGACAUGGGCGAGCCGCCCCUCCCCGUCCAGUUCUCGCGCUCCGAUCUCUACGAUUACUUCAUCGUCCAGGGAAACAUCUGGUACCUCGUCGGCACCUCAACCACGUGGUGGCUUGUCGACUUUGCCUUCUACGGUCUCGGUAUGGGAAACCCGCGUACGCUGGCCAAACUCUGGCUCAAAGGCUCUGAGCGCGACGCCCGUGUUGCCGCACUGGGCGGAUCGGUCCCGACAUGGAACGUGCUGGCACCAAGCCACCUGUACGCGCGCAAUGACGGCAACAACAUCUACGCCACCCUCGUCGAGGGCGCAAAGCGCAACAUGAUCACCGUUAGCAUUGGCUCGAUCCUCGGCUCCACCGUCUUCGUCAUGGCGGGCGACUACCUGCCGCGGCGGCAUGCCAUGACCUUCUCAUUUGUGGUGCUCGGCGCCCUCUUCCUCGUCACCGGCGGCGUCAUCUUCGCCACCAACGACACAGGCUUCCACGCCGUCUCCAUCGUCCUCGUCGGCCUCAUCUACUUCCUGUUCAACCUCGGCGCCAACACCCUCACGUUCAUCAUCCCGGCCGAAAUCUUCCCCACUCGCUACCGUUGCGUCUGCCACGGUAUAUCGGCCGCCUGCGGCAAGCUCGGCUCCGUCCUCGUGCAGUGGAUCCUGCGUCAGGCUACCUUCGAAGGGGUCAAAGCCGAUGAUGUGACCGAGGAGAAUCUUGGUUAUGUCUUCGUCGUCUUUGGCUGCGUCAUGCUGACUGGGACGCUGUUCUCGUGGGCCUGGAUUCCCGAGGUGCAGAAGAAGAGGGAUGGGCGGAACGGCCUCCGGCUGCCUAGCAAGACGCUCGAAGAGCUGGGUAAGGGCAUGGAGGCGGCAAGGGCAGAGAAGACGGCGGUUGAAGCCGGAUCCAGCGUGGUGGACUCGGAGGGGAUGGAGGGGGUCACGAGGAGGGGAAGGAGGACGUGGGUCCGGAGGGUUUGA